AUGCUAUUCAAUGCCUUCCUUAUUUCCCUCGCGCUCCAGGCAAGCCGCGCAGGAGCGGACGCGAUCGAUCGACGAUCUUCCCAACUAAGCCCCCUUGCGGACGGUACAUUCGACUACGUGGUUGUUGGCGGUGGUACGGGUGGGAUUGUGAUCGCGACGCGACUGGCGCAGAAGUCAUUCAAGGUCGCUUUGGUUGAAGCGGGCGGUCUUUAUGAGAUAGAGUCUCUGGCCGAAGUCCCGGCUGCAGAUGUACUUCCCGUUGGAUCAGACCCUGAUACACAGUCUGCCAUUGACUGGGGAUUUGUCGCGGAGAACCAGCCCGGUGCGAAUGGGCGGUCCAUUCAUUAUGCGCGGGGCAAAUGUCUCGGUGGAUCGUCUGCGUUGAACUUCAUGAUCUAUCAACGUCCAACAACCGAGUCCAUGCAGCAAUGGGCUGGCGCGGUCAACGACAGCAGUUACACAUUCGACGCGAUUUUCCCUUACUACCAGAAGAGCGUCCAAUUUACUCCACCAAACGAGAAGCUCCGCGCCGCGAACGUUUCGGCGAAGUACAACGAAAAUGCGUUCGACAAGAACGGCGGCCCACUCCAAGUGUCCUACGCAAACUACGGCAUGCCCUUCUCCUCCUGGAUGAAUCUUGGCAUGCAAGCGAUCGGCAUCGAAGAAACGCAAGACUUCAACAGCGGCAAAUUGAUGGGCGGACAAUACUGCUCAUCAACAAUAGACCCAGCCAACGAACUUCGCAGCAGUUCGGAAGAAUCAUUCCUUUCGAAACUCAAACCCUCCAGUUUGACAACGUACUCGAACACGCUCGCAAAGAAAGUCGUUUUCAACAAAGACAAGAAAGCCACUGGCGUGCAGGUGAAGGGGCUUCUGGGAAACACUAUCACUCUUCAUGCGUCGAAGGAGGUCGUGAUUUCCGCCGGUGCUUUCCAGUCGCCGCAAAUUCUCAUGGUUUCGGGCGUUGGCCCUGCUGAUAUUCUGGGUGAGCAUGAUAUUGAUGUUGUCGCGAACCGACCUGGUGUUGGUCAAAAUAUGUGGGACCAUCCCUUCUUUGCGCCAUCGUAUCGGGUGAAUGUGGAUACCUUCACCAAGUUCGCCAAUAACCUCAUCUACGCUGCGGGGAAGGUGGUGGAUGGUCUUCUGAUGAAAAGUGGGCCUAUCACCAACCCGGUAGCGGACUAUCUGGCUUGGGAGAAAAUUCCCCAGUCUCUGCGUUCGGCUUUUUCCAAGACGUCUCUGAAUGCUUUGUCGCAAUUUACCAGCGACUGGCCCGAGGCCGAGUACAUCUCCGGCGCAGGCUACGUCGGCAACCUCUCCGACCUCCUCUCAACCCAACCAAAAGAUGGCUACCAGUACGCCUCAAUUCUAGGCGUCCUCGUCGCACCUCUCUCCAGAGGCAACAUAACCCUAAAGUCCGCUGAUACAUCCGACCUACCGAUCAUCAACCCCAACUGGCUCAGCGAUCCUGCCGACCAAGAAGUUGCCAUUGCCAUGUUCAAGCGGCUGCGCGCCGCCUUUCAGAGCGACGCUAUGGCACCCGUUGUCAUUGGCAAGGAGUACUACCCCGGCGAUCUAGUGCAAUCAGAUGAGGAGAUCCUCGAGUUCAUCAAGGAUAAUGUGAUGACGCUGUGGCAUGCGUCUUGCACUUGUAAGAUGGGAACUGCGGAUGAUUAUAUGGCUGUUGUUGAUUCACAGGCUCGCGUUUUUGGAGUUGAGGGAUUGCGUGUUGUUGAUGCUAGUGCUUUCCCUUUUUUGCCGCCUGGUCAUCCUCAGUCGACAGUUUAUAUGCUUGCGGAGAAGAUUGCGCAGGAUAUCAUCGACAACGCAUGA